CACCACACACUCCUGCGGCUUAGUUUUGCUUUUCAUAUAAAAGUCACACUCCAGGCCGAUAAUAGUAUCAGUCACCUGCUCUGAUUACUAGUGCAAAAUGUUCACCAAAGUGUUCGCCCUGAGCGCCGUCCUGGCCGCCGCCAACGCCGGUCUGCUGCCGGCACACCACGCCGCCGCCGUCUCCUCACAGAGCAUCGUGCGCCACGACGCGCCGGCGCACUAUGCCGCGGCACACUACGCCGCUCCCCUGGUGCACGCCGCUCCCGUAGUUCACGCCGCCCCCAUCGUCCACGCCGCUCCCGUUGUCCACGCCGCGCCCGUCGCUCUUGCCCAUGGCCAUGCAGCUUACGCUCAUCCCAAAUACGACUACGCGUACUCAGUAGCUGACCCCCACACUGGCGACCACAAGACCCAGCACGAGAGCCGCGAUGGUGGUGCUGUCCAUGGAUCAUACUCCCUCGUUGAGCCCGACGGUUCCGUCCGCAAAGUAGACUACACCGCUGAUGACCACCAUGGUUUCAACGCCGUCGUCCACAAGACCGCCGGUUACCACCCAGCCCCCGCGCCGGUCGUGCACGCCGCCCCCGUUGUCCACGCCGCCCCCGUGGUGCACGCGGCUCCCCUGGCCCACGCAGCUCCUCUGGCCCACGCCGCUCCCCUGGCGCAUUACGCCGUCGCCCCCCUGGCACAUGGACAUCAUGGUCUCCAUUACUAAAAACUAGCGAACUUUUGCAUGAUAUGAUGACGGAUGACUGAUGAAUGUUAUAUUUAUGUGUACAUAAUGAUGAAUUUUAUACUCACGUGUAAAUAAAUACUCAGCUGCUGAAUGGUA